UUCCUCUGAACAAGGCGUGAAUGCAGGGGAACUUGGUAUGCACUCAUGCGAGGCCCCUAUUGGCUGAUAUUUUGUUCAGGGGGCAACAGUCGAGCAUCUGCACCGGGCAAAGGUAGAUCUAGCUCUGUCCUGCUACUGAAAGACACUGUCAGGUUAAUGUCAAUCAGCUCUGUCCCUGGAGAAGCUAAUACAAGAUGAGUCUCCAAGAAGAUUUGGUUAAGAGCAAUGGUGUUGCAGUCAUGGAUGAUAAUAGUGAGAGCAUCCCCACCCAAAAGGCACAGACUCAGUCAGACUCCACAAGCUUAAAGACCCACUCCACUCUCAUCCCCAAUGGAGAAGCCACCACAGCUGAGCUCACCACAGCAUCAGUUUCAGAGACCCAGGAGACUAAUUCUUCCAGUAACGCUGAGACACCGGCCGAACCUGCCAGAACGCCUGAGCUGGACGGAGCUGCUGAAGCACUUUCACCAGAAGAGCCCAAGGCUGUUCCACUGUCAAAUGUAACAACAACUCUGGCCCCAGCUGACCAGCUAUGGAGCACCAGCAGAGACAAGGCAGUCAGGCUGAGGAUGGAGGGCUCAGGUUCGGCCUCAAACACUCCCAUCACCAUCCAUCAGAUGUUCCUGGAGACGGUGGAAAGCUACGGGGAUCACUCAGCCUUGGUUUAUAAAAAAGAGGGCCAGUGGGUGACUAUGACAUGGAGGCAAUACUACGAGCAGUGCCGGGCAGCUGCCAAAAGUUUCCUCAGGUUGGGGCUGGAGCGCUACCAUGGUGUGGGAAUUCUGGGAUUCAACUCCCCUGAGUGGUUCAUCUCGGACGUUGGCUGCAUCUUUGCCGGGGGUCUAGCAACUGGAAUUUACACUACCAACUCCCCUGAAGCUUGUCAGUAUGUGGCUGACAACUGUCAGGCCAACGUCCUUGUUGUGGAAAACCAGAAACAGCUUGAAAAAAUCCUGCAGGUUAAAGAUCAACUACCUCAUCUGAAAGCCAUUGUUCAGUAUAAAGGCGAGCUGCAGCAGAAAGCACCUUUCCUGUAUACAUGGGCAGAGUUCAUGAAGCUGGGAGAGGACGUGCCCGAGGAGCAGCUGAAUGCCAUGAUUGAGAGUCUUCGGGCCAACGAGUGCUGUACUCUCAUCUACACCUCUGGAACCACGGGCAACCCUAAAGGAGUCAUGUUGAGCCAUGACAAUUUGACAUGGACAGCCAAUGCAGCACUUUCCAAGGCAAAUAUUAACCGUGCUGAGGAGGUGGUGGUCAGUUACCUGCCGCUCAGCCACGUGGCAGCCCAGAUGUUUGACAUGUGGAUGUCUAUUAGUUUUGCCAUGACCACCUACUUUGCAGAGCCAGACGCCCUCAAGGGCUCCUUGGCAAAUACACUGAAAGAGGCUCGUCCAACUUGUUUCCUGGGGGUUCCUCGUGUGUGGGAGAAGAUGCAGGAGAAGAUGAAAGCUAUUGGUGCCAAGGCGCCCCCAAUGAGGAAGAGAGUGGCAGACAGGGCCAAGUCCAUAGGUCUGAAGUACAACUACAGUGUCAUGAACGGGGAGAAUCUGGUGCCGUGGGGCUUCAUGCUGGCUAAUAAUCUGGUCUUUAAGAAGGUGCGUGCUGCACUGGGCUUAGACCGCUGCAAGGUCUGCUUCACAGGCGCUGCUCCCAUCACCAAAGAAACUUUGGAGUACUUCAUGAGCCUGAACAUCCCAGUGUUGGAGCUAUACGGCAUGAGUGAAAGCUCCGGGCCACACACCAUAUCCCUUAAUGAAGAGUACCGCAUCACAAGCUGUGGAAAGGUGUUGCCAGGCUGCCAGACGAAGCUGGACAAACCAGAUGAGGACGGGAAUGGAGAGAUAUGUUUCUGGGGUCGACACGUGUUUAUGGGCUACCUGAACUCGCCUGACAAAACAGCCGAGGCUAUUGACCAGGACGGUUGGCUGCAGUCUGGAGAUCUGGGAAAACACGACCAGCAUGGCUUCCUGUACAUCACAGGAAGGAUCAAGGAACUGAUCAUCACCGCCGGUGGAGAGAACAUCCCUCCUGUGCCAAUCGAGGAUGCACUGAAGGCCGAGGUUCCCAUCAUCAGCAACGUCAUGCUGAUCGGAGACAAGCUCAAGUUCCUCUCAAUGCUGCUCACUCUCAAAUGUGUCGUGGACGACAACGGCGAUCCAACAGACGAGCUGAGCCCUGAAGCUUUGGACUUCUGUCAGCAGAACGGUGUCUCAGCGACCAAGGUGUCAGAGAUCAUAGCCAAUAAGGAGCCAGCCAUCUACAAAGCCAUUCAGGAGGGCAUGGAGCGCAUCAACGCCAGAGCAACGUCCAACGCCCAGAAGGUCCAGAAGUGGAUCAUACUGGAGCGAGACUUCUCUGUCGGGGGAGGAGAACUGGGACCCACCAUGAAACUGAGGAGGCCCAUUGUUGUGAAGAUGUACGAGGAGAAAAUCAAUGAAAUGUAUGCAGUGGCAAAACAGUAGACUGCACAGAGAUGAGAUAUUACUCAAGAGAGGCAGCCGUGGGAAAAGUUGGGGCAUGUUUAUGAACUGAUUUAACUGAAAUGAUUUAACGGGAAAAAUUCUGAUUCUGAUUCUGUUGUAUUUGAUGGAACUGAUGUUGUUGUGCUGCUAUGUUUUAAUGUCGAGUUUCUGUUGUCUCUUCCAAAUCGAUAUUUAAGCUGUUAAAUGUGCAUACAGUUUCACAGUGUGAACAAACUGUGCACAUUUUGUAAAUAAAAUGUCCUAAUCAGAGCCAAAAUCUUAAUACACAGGGGAGUUAUACAUUAUAACUCAGCACCAAAGCCACAUGCAGGAUGGGAAACAUCCUCUUUAAAAUCUGGACACCUUGUGAACCAUUAUCUUUGCUACAGUGGCCAAAGGUUCAAUUCCAGUUUCCAUUCCUUUGCUCCGUCCCCCCCUUCCUGUCACUCUUCAGCUAUCCAUUAAUAUAUAUGUAUACACAGAUAUAGAUGAAAGAAUAUCAAUAGCUUGAAUUUCUCAAAUCACAAACGUGCAAAUCACGCAUUUGAAUUUGAAUGAAUGUUUGCUUGUCCAUGUACAGGAAUACUGAAAUGUUUAUUUUGUCAUAGAUGUUCCAUGAUUGUGUUGAUUUGGACAAACCAGGUUAAAAAAAUAAGAUUUUUUUAGCUUAAUUUUUUUAUGUGAAUGUGUUGAAUUUAGGUCAGGGCACUAAAGUAUAAUCUGUUUUCCCAUUACAAACAUACAAACAUUCACACAAAACUGUAGAAAAUGUCCCUUUACGCUCACACACACAUAUCAGAUUGCUUCUCAUUUAAAUGACUUUUAAACAUUUCAUGAGUGAUAGCUGUUUGUCAAAUUUUAUUUGGCAUUAGUAAACAAAAAUAAAUGUUUACAGAGUGAUGAGUGAUAACAUA